CAUAUGAUAUAUGCCACACCCAACCUUUUUUUGGUUUAUCAUUAUCUUAUUCUCUUUUCAGUUCCAUCCUUGAUUCUAAUUUGUCCAAAUGUCUGGUUCUGAGUCUGAGGCCUCUUCUUCCUCUUCUCCUUCACCUGGAUUGCCUAACGAGUGUCCUCCUCCAACUGCUCCAAUGGUGCAAUUGGUCCCAAAAUCCACUUCUGAUCGACUGCUUCAGAAAUUCUUUGAUGCCGCAGAGUUUGACUUCGAUUAUGAGCAGAGUGGAUUGUGGUCUCCUCCCGUAAAGCGCACCGUGUUCUUGAGCUCACAAGGUAAAAUUUUCACUGAGCAAGAAAUGCUAGCUAAACUUUCAACUCUAAUGGAUGCUCCUACUUCAAAACACAAAGCUUGCUGCAGAGCGUUCUGGUGCUCUUGAAGGAUGCCUUGAAGCCAUUCUUACCGUAUAUUCUUGAGGAUUGCAGGUAAAGAAACAAAUACUGGGCAACAAGGAUGAAGAAACAGAGAACCCCAUUUUUAGUUCUCUUCCCCUUUAUCAUGUAAAUGUCCCUUUUUAAAAAAAAUUAAGAAAAUGAAAAGAAUUUUUAGAUAUAAGAAAUAUGUUGUCAUCGACCCCUUUCGUUCUUUGAGUUUUUGAGCUUGUUCUUGGUCUUUCUUUAAUUGCAUUUGCAAAACUGAGAAGUUCUGUAAUCUCUGCAUAUGCUCAGUUGUUCAAUUAGCUAGUGAUUCAUUAGUGGAAGCCAUUUAGAAUUCUCUGUUAGCAGAAGGCAAAAACUGGGUAUUGGCUAGCCACAAAGAUUUUUACUGCAGGAGGUGUAUUAUAUAAAUGAUGAAGAAAAAAUAGAGCUGGGUUCUGGCACUGGAAUUUA